GGUUCCUUACAUAUGUGGCACUGCUCAUUUGAAUACAGUCGUUAGUUGGGAGUCUUGAGAGCGGUGCUUUAAGCCCUGGGGUGGUCGGUUCUGUGAGAAUUGGUUCUUUAAUGCAGAUUUCAUCAGCAGACAAGUGCCUCGUUUAUAUUUUCUAGUCUUUCUUUUCAGUCAGAAUGGCGUACUACGACAGCCCCGCUCUAGUGCGCACGCGCAGUGCCACGCCCAUCACGCCAGAGAUGUCCAAGAUCUUGCCCUACGUCACAGACAAGACCAUCGCCCGCCAUCUUGGUAGCUACGGACGCUCGAUGGAUCUGGGUCACGCCAAGACUUACUUUAACCCUGCCACACGCACCGUGUACUCCCGAUACCAGCCCAACGACUGGUUCCUGUCCAACAGCUGCAACUACUCCAUGUCUGACAAGGAGCGGAGCUUCGCCGAGCGGCUCAGGGCCGACGCAUGGAGGGCCGUCAAAGAAACAGACGCCCGCACCAGAAACAGACAAAAUGACGUCACUAAACGCCUAGGAGAACGUGUGUAUGACAUCAGCUUUUGGAAGAGUGAGUUGAACAAUGAGAUCAACGCUAUGGCCUCGGAAGUGGAGAAUUUGAAGGAGUACAAGCGUACGUGUGAGAAGGCGUUAGCCGACACGGCCAACCCUCUCCACAUCGCGGAGGAGUGUCUGAUGAACAGGGAGAAGAGGCAGGGCAUUGACCUGGUCAAUGAUGACGUGGAGAAAUCGCUGGUCAAGGAAGUGGAGGUAAUCAAAAAAUGUCAAGCUAGAAUGAAGAGAGUAUUGGACAAGGCUUACGUUCAACUGAAGAUGGAUCGCGCAGCCCAGCAUGCCUUAGAGAUCGAUGCCAAGGACAAGCACCACGCUCAAGGUCUUGAUGACCGCAUGCAGCAGUUGAGAAACUCUUCAGCAGGCGUUGGCUACGUCCCCGGUAUUGAGAACAUCGACAACACCAUCACCAUCCCCGAGUCGUGGGCCCGCUACACCCAGGAGAACAUCGCCCGGUCCCAGAAGGAGCGUGCUGCCAGCGAGAGACUGAGGGGGGAGAUCGACAGCACCCUCCGUCAGUGCGCCAACGACAUGUGGAACAACUUCAACGCCGUCAACAACGCCUUCAACACGCGCAUCCGCGAGACCACCGAUGCCAGGAACAAGUUGCAGGCGCACCUGCAGAAGACCAUGCAAGAGAUCUUCGACAUGGAGAGGAAUGUCGCGUUGCUAAGGAAAGCCAUCAUGGACAAGGAACAGCCAAUGAAAGUCGCCCAGACAAGACUCGAUGAACGAACUCGACGAAUCAACGUUGAGCUUUGUAACGAUCCUGUGAUGAAAUCGUUACAACGAGAAGUGAACGAGAUCAGAGAAUCAGUCCGUAUCCUCAAGGAAAGGCUGAAAUCCUCUGAACUGUCCCUCGCGCGUCUGAUCAAGACAAAAGCAAACCUGGAGCACGACAUCUCGGUCAAGGACAACACCCUAAAAAUAGAUUCCUCCUUCUGCAUGGGCAUGCGCAAAGGUUUCCCAAUGGACCCUAAAGUCGGGCCAAUAUUUCAAAUGCCCAUUUGCUAGUAUUUUUUAAAAUUAUAUUUAUACUUUUAUUUUACUAAUAACAUCUAUAUUAGUAAAAUACAUCAAUGAAAUGAAUUUUUUAUAGGGAGAUUACCCACUAUUUGCACCUUAAGGGUGAUAAUUAAUGUCUCAUAUUUUUUAUAUAUUUUUUUAUCUAUGAAGCACAUUGGAAUGCAUGUUUAUAAAAUGUCACGCUAGUUUUUAUCAUUAGCAAAACUCUACUUCUUCUACACUUCAUCACGUCCAAGGUGGAACCUCUGUGUUUUGUACAUAAUUGUAAGUUACAUAAGCUCAUACUUACCUUUGUAGAUAUCUCGAUGAUGUAACAUAUCUCUCUCAACAGUAUUAUUUGCUGACUUUAAAGCACAUCAGUCCAAUUCUAUGAGUGUGUGUAUGUUUGUUUUUUUAUUCUAACCAAUGAAAGAAUGAGCUCAAUAAAAGUAUUACAAAAAUUUAA